UCUGUGGCUGGCGGGCGCGAUGGCUCCGCAGCGGCGGGCGGCGCCGCGCGGCCCCGAGAGCGGCGGGACGGCGGGCGGGCCGGGCCGCGGGGGCCGCCGGCACAGCAGUGCCAAGAAGAGCCGAGGCCAGCAAGAGUCACGGUGGAGGUGGCUGAAGGCAGCGGUCCUCCUCUCCUCCGCUGCCGCCGGUGGCCUCCUGAGCUGGAGCUACCUGAGGGCCGAGGACGGGGUCACGGAGGUGCUGGCUCGUCACAGCGAGAACCUGCAGGACAAGUUCGUUGAGAUCCCCUGCUCUGAGGACUAUGACAGCCACAAAAGAUUUGAAGGGUGCACUCCUAGAAAGUGUGGAAGAGGUGUGACUGAUGCAGUAAUCACAAGGGAAGAAGCUGAAAGAAUCCGUAGAAUAGCAGAGAGGGGACUGUCCUUGGGAGGAUCUGAUGGAGGGGCAUCAAUUUUGGACUUGCACUCUGGAGCUCUUUCACUGGGGAAGCAUUUUGUUAAUCUGUACAGGUACUUUGGGGACAAAAUUCAAGACAUUUUCACAGAAGAGGAUUUUGCAUUAUAUCGUGAUGUGAGACAGAGAAUUCAACAAAGGAUUGCUCAGGCAUUUGGUAUCAGCUCUGCUUCCAUGUACCUGACUAAGCCAACGUUCUUCUCGAGAAUAAACAACACUGAAGCCAAGACAACACAUGAUGAAUACUGGCACCCACAUGUUGACAAGGUGACUUAUGGCUCUUUUGACUACACUUCACUGCUCUAUCUCUCUGACUACACUGAAGAUUUUGGUGGUGGACGGUUUGUGUUUAUGGAUGCAGGUUCCAACAAGACAAUAGAGCCCCGAGCAGGCCGGGUUUCUUUUUUCACCUCUGGAUCAGAGAACCUUCAUCGGGUAGAAAAGGUUCACUGGGGCACUCGCUAUGCCAUCACCAUCUCCUUUACUUGCAACCCAGACCAUGGCAUUGGGGAUCCAGUCUUGAUGUAAUUCCUCUGGGGAUGGAACAUGAGGUCAAAUGGAAUGAGAGAAGCCCUGCAAAAGGAGAAGAAAAAGGGAGAUAACAACUCUUAUAACCUCACAUUCAAUUAGACUUUCCCAGCUGUAUUAAUAUAUUGCAAUACACUUUGUUUUCACGUCCUUUUCCAUAAAUGUUGCAAACGGUGCCUUAAAGACCAUCUAAAAUUUGGUGUAUUCUGAAAAUGGUUUGUCUUCAUGUCCUAAAGGGAUAGGCUACAAAGAAGAGUUCCAGAGUGGGCUCUUUUUUUUUUUUUUAUAAUUUUUUUAAUUCUUCAGUUUAAAAGAUACAAUCUUUUGGACCAUGUCUUGAUAUGACUCCCCAUGCUGCUGUUACCUCUUUAAUUAUUUAGUCUCUUCAGUUACUAAUGCGAUGUAGAAAGUUUGACUUAAGUUAAUAGAGCAAGAUGAGUGUUAUUCUUCUGAACAUACCUUCUGUUGAGACGAAUGUAUUCUCCUUAGCAUGGGCAUUAGUGGGCAAUACACAUGUGGUUUGACUACUGGGACUUACUUGAACUUUUUUUUAUUGAAUUACUACAGAUAUUUUCUGCUACAAACAGGGACUAGUUAAUACAAAGUCAAAAAUAGAAUUCUCUGGUUGGCUAGAAAGCCUAUUGCUUUUGGAUUGCAAAUGCUUAGUGCUAGGGAAUGUCACUGCAUUAGAUACCUUUGAUCAGAAUGCAGCAUUCCCAACUCACCUUGUUUUCUUUGGGUCUUAAUGAAAAUGAUCAGUCUCCUGGCCUGAAGCCUGGUGUUAGGGUUAUUAAGAGCUCUUUAUGGAGACGGCUUGACCAUGUAACCCUGUACAUUAAGUAAACAUUAAGAAGGAGAGCUGGGCAGAGGUAAUCAGACAGUCCUCUGGAUUCAUCUGAGCAUUCAUCAUUACCUAAUUCCCAGGUAGGGCAGUGUGGUUUGGGAGGGGCACAGCUGAGAAAAAAACCCUAGUUUUAUUGUGGUUUUCCAUAUGCCAGUUCUGGCCGCCUCCAACUCAAUCCUGUUGAACCCUGGCUUGCUGCUUGGAAGGCUGGGUAACAAAACUCCAUGGACCAGUGGACUGUGGCAUGUGGGGUCUGAUGAGGGAAACUGGUGUCCACCUGUACUUUAAAUUGAUAUGGUCUCAAGCUAGGGCUUUGUUGUAAAACACUUCGAAAAUAUCUAUAUAUUGGGCCUACAUGUAAUCUUAAGACCAAGUUGGAGGAAGCUUGGGUUUUUUGUUGUUGUUGACACAACUGCGAAUCUUGUGUUGUGAAAUACUGUGUUUUAUCUUGUCCAAAACAAUGUUUUAUCUGCUUCAGAAAGUCUCAAUAGCUCUUAUUGGACUUCUCUUUCUCAGCUUAGUAUGAAGACUUCUUUCUGUUAACUAGGACCAUUAGUCUGUGGUGUCCUUGAAUAAUAAAUUGCAAGGACUUAAGAGAAGAGGGGAUGAUUGCAUUGCAGUACAGAUAAAAUAACAUCUAAAUGCAUAAUCUUGCCAACUACCUUUCUUAUUACAAUCAAAGAUUUUUACGGGUCGGCGCAUCAGUAAGUGAACGGUAGGAAAACAGAAUUUGAUUGAGGAAAAAAAAUUAGGAAGCAAACAUGUUGAUUUGUUUUAAUAGUAGUCUCUAUAAUUUGUGUGAAACACUUUGAAAAUCUGGGAAUGUGCUUUGAUUUUUUUUUUUGUCGUUAAAUUUUUUUAUUAUGUAUACAGUUUUCACUUUUUAAUCUACCCUUUUAUGGAAUUAAUAAGUAUUGGGGAGGAUUACGCUGAAAAUCCAUAUAAAUAGGAAUGAUGACAGGACACUUGGACUUGUUCUAUUGUGAUUGUUCUCAUUUGGCACACCAGUGAGAUUAGUCUUUUGUAAUUUCAUUUCUUUGUUCUCAAACCUGAAAAGGGCUUCCUUGUCCGUGCUAACAAGGAAGAAUUGUUAAAAUGGCUGGAUGCUAGGAAUAAUAAAGUUAGUUGGGUUCCAUAUCUAAAUACUUGUCUCAAAGCCUGUUAAUUCCAAGACAUUUGCAUUACACCCAAGUUGUAAGUCUAUGUGAAGGCAGACCAAGAGCAUCAGCAACUGCUUUACUGGCUUAAAACUUGAUUCCUAACGUUACCUUGAGAUUUAAAUGUAUGGCCUUUUCCAUAAAGACACGUGAUAGCAGUGGAAUCUAAAUAUGAAUGGACCUGUGUAGAUUUAGGUUGGGAUUCUCCAGGUUGAGGUCCUAUGUUCCAAAAUUCCUACUUCACUCUAAGUCCCAUCACUGCUCUGCAACACUGUCAUAUAAAUUGCUUUGCUACUUUUUAAAAAGAGUUACUUGCGUCUGUCAUGCAGGCUUUGAGUCGCACUAAAUGAAAAUGCUACUUUCAGAGCUGCCCUCUGUAAAAUACUGCUCAACAAGGUCAUAUUGGACCAUGGGGGAAAGCUCAGCUAAUCUCCUUUUGGAUUUUCAUCUUUUGAAGAUCCUGUGUACUGUAGUAUCUCCUGAACACAGUGCAUAUCUCAUGCUAUGAAUUGACUGUCAUUCAGAAAUAAAAUCAAGUUGGUAUUUGUCUUUUGGAGUUUUUAAGCUUCAGUAAUGUGUUCAAUAUGAUGACCAAACCUGUCAAAUAUAAUUUGUGGAAAAACUUGUGCACGGUACCUAGUAAGAGAAUUCUUCUUUUGAAAGAAGUAUAAUAAUUCAGUAUGCUGUAUGUUUCAGUACUGACCAAGCUUCAAUAUCCA